GCCAAGCAGCCACGGAGAAGGCCAAGAAGCCGAACAAGCGAGGAGGCAGGUCGGCGGACACGCGUCAGCACCGCGAGCUCCGAGGGACCGCCUUUAGGAAGCUCAAGGCGUGCGGCAGCAGAGCGCAGCUCACGCAGGAGGAGCGAGCAGCGGUGACGAGGCAGCUGAGAAGCGACAUCGAGAGGCUGACGACGGAGAGUCAGAACAUGAGACAGGAACUUCAGAACAGAGACGUGACGAUCGCAGAGAUGCGAGGUCAGCUUCAAGCUCAGCAACAGGCUCAGCAGCAGCGGGUAGCCCCGCGCGGCGAGAUGAUGGAUCCGAAGAUUCUUCACAAGGUGAAGCCGUUCGACGGCCACAGGGCGAGUUGGAAGACGUUCAGUUUCCAGUACAGAGCGUACCUGAUCGCCCAGGAUCGAAGGUACCGAGAUCUUCUGGAAAGAUGCGAGGACGGAGCCCAGGAGGUGGACAACGUCAACCUGGGCGCGCAGGAGGAAGAGCUAAGCACGCAGUUGUACUACGGCCUGGUCCUGGCGAUGCCCGAGGACUCAGUAGGCGAGCUGAUCGUGAGGAACAGCCCAGUAGGAGAAGGAGCCGAGUGUUGGAGGAAACUUCAGAAGGAGUACAACCCGAGCGAGGCAGGAAACGUGCUGGCGAUGUGGACCAAGCUCACGGACACGAAGUUCGACGCCAAAGAAGACGUGAUGGUGAGCAUCAGCAAGCUGGACGAGGACAUGACAAGGUACCAGAAGAUGGCAGGAGAACCAGUCUCGGACCUGAUCAAGCGAGGCAUCCUUACAAAGGCGCUGAAGGAUCACGACGAGCUGCAGAAGCACGUGUUUCGGAACAGCAGUCGGCUAAGUACGUACGAGCUCCUGAGAGCCGAGGUGGUGUCGGCGUUGAUGGCAGAGCGAGCGGUUCAGGACGACCCGAUGGAGAUAGGCGCGCUGAAGGGCGGAAAGAGACCGUGGAAAGGCCGCGGCAAAGGGAAAGACGGCAAGGGCAAGGAGAGGCCACCGAAUCCCGACGCCGAGAUCGAGUGCCACUACUGUCACAAGAAGGGCCACCGCAGCGCAAACUGCCGAAAGCGGAUCGCCGACGAGAAGAAUACAUCCGAGAAGGACAAGAAGGACAAGAAGCAGCUCCGUCUCAAGAAGCGCAGCCACACGAUCGACUGGAAGUACUGCUUGCCUAGCUACCACCAAUAUGUCUGCUGCUCUUGCAAGAAGACCUUUGAAGGAUGGCGAUGGCACUUCGAUCAGUGGAAGCUGGACUACUGUGCCGCGUGUGCCGAGUACUGCCUGGACAACUGGUUCAAGGACGAGGAAGAGCCAGACGACAACGAGAAGCAUGUCACCGUCGCUGGUCUUCGGCCCGUGGAUGAAGAUCAGAGCCCUGCAGAUGACCGAUUGCGGUUAGCCCCGCUUCGGAAUGCGAUCAUGCUCGACUCAGGUGCGCAGAUCAGUGCGAUACCGAGAUCACAGGUGACCAAGCAUAACUACACGCCGACGGACAGCAACGUUGUCGGCUUGAAGGGCAUAGGAGGCGAGGAGAUCGAGAGGUACGGCCACGUGGUCACUGGAUCAUCAACGGUACCGUCGAGCCACCUGACGGAGCUGAGUUCGUACCUCUACGGCGUCACCAAGGAACCAGCUGAUGAGAACAAGAUCCCGAAGGUCAUGUUCGACAUCUUUUACGUAGGGACGGACCAGCUGGCUGCGAAGUACAAGCUUAAAGGAGGUUACUUCAGCAUCAGGGAGAAGAUGUCGGUCACGAAGGCCGAGCUAGACCAAGCGGUCUCUGUCUUGAAUGUUAUCGACUGUAAGAUCUUGGCUCAGGCGACGUUGUACGCGAACAAGGAGACGGAUGACUACAAGGUGUCCUUCCUGCUAGGCGUGCUGGAAGCUUGGGGCCACACAACAGUCAUACUUCAGACAGACCAGGAGCCUGCCACCAUGGCUCUGGCGCAGGCAGUUCGAGAUCGCAGAUCACACUCAACCUUGGUGCGGGGAUCACCGCCCUUUUCCAAGCAAAGUGCAGGCUACGCUGAAGGAGCUAACAAGCUAGCAGCUGGUCUACUUCGAGCCUACAAGCUGAAGCUGGAGCACAAGCUGGGCUGUGAGACCAAGAUGACGGAUCCGAUCGUGCCAUGGCUUGUGAACUCAGUGGGGUGGAUGAUUACCAGAUUCCAGCCUCGCAGUCACGGAGGUUCCUCCUACAAGAUGCUCUACGGCAAGGAGUACAACGGCGAGAUUGCGGAGAUGGGUGAGCAGGUCUGGUAUCGGAUCUCAGCCAGAGUUGCCGCGGGACGUGGCAAAUGGGAAGCCCGCUUCGCAAAAGGAAUCUGGGUUGGUAAGAGUGAGCUGGACGAUACACAUCUCGUGAUCGAUCCUGAACGUGGAGUGCAGAAGGUCAGAACGGUGCGAAGGAUGCCUGAGGAGUUCAGAUGGCAGCCCGAGCUCAUCCAGCACAUCAGGGUGACGCCCUGGAAGCAGACGCCCGACAAGAGUUCAGGAACGAUCGGACGCAGCAUGUACAUCACGGAGCGCAUGAUCGAUGCUCAUGGUCCUACUGACGAGUGCAGGAAGUGCAGUACAGGAUACGGUUCGCAUUCGGCAGCCUGCCGACAGCGUUUCGAGACCAUUCAGGCCGACUUGCUGCGCGAGAAGUUGGCGAAGGACCCUGUGGCCCCUGAG